CAGCCAGUUUUGCACUCUUAUUCCGUCGAUAACAACGUUGAUGUUCGUUGGUUGAUGGCUAGCAGUUCAGUUAUAGAUACGCAUGAAGAAAUAUUUAACCAGUAGAUGCAUGCCAACAAUAAGACUCAAAUUAAGUAUUCAGAAUAACAAUGGACUUGAAACAGUACCAAGUUGUAAAGAGUCCACCCACGGUUUACUACAUCCCCGAUUUCAUUACGCCUCAUGAAGAGUCUGUUGUCCUUUCUAUGAUAACCAAAACUCCCAAACCACGGUGGACCCAGCUAUCUCAUCGCAGACUAAUAAAUUAUGGCGGAGUUCCACACCCUAAAGGAAUGAUAGCUGAGGAGAUUCCAGCUUGGCUAAGAACAUUCGUCAAUCGAGUCAACGAUUUAACCGAAGUAUUCGAAGAAGGGAAAAAGGCUAAUCACGUCCUUGUGAACGAGUACCUCGCUGGUCAAGGCAUAAUGCCACAUCUUGACGGACCAUUAUUUUAUCCGACGAUAACUACUAUUUCGUGUGGCUCGCACACUGUUCUCGAGUUUCAUGAGCCUCAUGAGCAAAAUAGUGAAACAAGGCAACGAACAGUCACUAAACUCUUGAUACGACCUAGAAGUUUGCUUAUCAUCAAGGAUGACAUGUAUCAUAAGUAUUUGCAUUCUAUAGCAGAAAUCAAAGAAGAUACAAUAGACGAGAGUGUUGCAAAUUUACCUAAUUUAGCUAAGGAAAACACGGCAGUAAAAAUUGAUGAACAACUAGUAAGAGAAAACCGCAUUUCAUUAACAAUACGGCAUGUACCAAAAACGUCGAAAUUAAAAAUAAAACUUUCUUAA